CGAGCUUUUGAGAUGUCACUAUAGAUAUAAUGCAAAAGAAAGUUAAUAUUUUACAAACACCUAAUGAACAAUUAACACAAAAUGAAAAUAUAAUAAAUGAAUCUAUAUUAAAUUGUUAUAAUGUAAUUCAAAAAUAACAAAAAAAAAACUAUUUUUGGGUAAUUAAAUUUAUUUUAGAAAAAUGAUUCUAUAUUUCAAAUGUUAUGUAAAUGUAUUGCAUUUAGUAGAAUGAUCUAUGAAAUGAAUGAUUGGCAUCAUGCUCAAUAUCAAUGUUGUUUAAGUUAUUUUUAUAUUCAUUGGAAAGGUGAAAAAUACGCAUUACAAGCUGAAAGCCAUGCAGAAAACUCCAUGAAAUUAACAUCAUAUUAUUUAAAUGCUACUAGUUGGCAAAUGAAUCAACAGAAUGCUGAUGAUCCUGCUAAUUUACUUAUUCUUUGUAUAGUUUUACUGAAUUAUUAUACAUUAGCAAAAUCAAAAAUAAUUUUAAAAAAGAGAAAAGAUGCAUUCAGUUCAAUUAAACAGGCUGAAAAAGCAUUAAAUAAAGUUGAACAACUGGUUGAUUCAAUUCAGAAAUAUAAAACUACUUUAGAAAAUAUUGAUAAUUAUAAAGACAAUUCCAAACCAUUUGAAAAUUAUUAUCAACAAUGGAAUCAUUGUACUUUAAUGAGAUUAGAUAAAAACUUUUAUCCAAAUUUGCAAAAUUUAAAAAUUUAUAUUAAUUGUUUGUAUGGAAAAAUUGCAUUUGAAUGUGAGAAAUAUGUUGUAUCUUUUGAUCAAUACAUGCAAGCAUUAAAAUUCAUAGAGAAGAUAUAUGGUCCAGAGAGUAAAGAAAUGAUAUCAAUUUAUCAUGCACUUGGCCAUAUUAAAGAAUAUCAAAGUAGUGAGGAUGAUAUGAAAAAAUCUAUAGACUAUUUUAAGAAAGCCCAUGAUAUUUCUAAUAAAAUUUACCAUGAUGAAGAGAGUUUCAGUUCCAUGGUUGAACUUAUUCGUUCAGUUUAUCUAUUGUGUACAGUUAGCAUGAAACUCAAUUUAAAUUUGGAUGAUACUGAACAUCUCCUUGGUGAAAUGUUACAAAUAAUAAAUACUUAUAAUGAAAAGAAUGAUCAAAACUCAAUUGAAUAUCAUAUUGAUAAUAAUUCAGAUGUAUCAAAUGAUCUAAUGAGAAUAAAAACUGAUUCGUUAGAUAACGAUAAUGAUCAUAUCGAAUGUUCAACAGAUCAAUGUUUCAAUUCAGGUCAUGAAUAUUCUAAUGAAUAUUUUGUCAAUUUAAUUUGUUCAUUACGUUCAUUAUUAAUAAAAAUUUAUAUCAAAUCAAAUCGUUAUCAAGAAGCUUUAAAAUUAUUAGAAGAAAAUUUAAAUAUUCAAGAAGAUACAUUUGGAAUGUACAAUACACGAGUAAUAAAGACAUAUAAAUUAAUCUUAUCAAUUAAUAUGGUUCAAGAAAAUUUUGCUGAAGCAGUUAAACAAGCCGAAAUGUGCCUUGACCUUGAACAAUUCACAUUCGGUGCUAAUUCGAAACAAGCAAAGAAAACUCAAGAUAUUUUGAAAGCUUUAUCAAGUUAUAAGAAAACUGGAAAUAAAGUCAAUUAAGUUCAAUGAAAUUGAUAUAUUCGAAAAUGAGUAUUUAUUUCUCAAUAAUCAACAUAUCUGUUUAUCUGUUUCUAAUCCUUUUUCGGUCAUUAUAUAUAUAUA